GGACCAUAAUUUUGUGACACUCACAGAUACCGAGAGACUACAAACAGACGUAAGAAAUCUUUUUUUUUUUUUCUUUUCGAUGUGAUUCUCCAUGUUGCCUUCUUCAUUUGGAUUUCUGCUGCUUCUAUUUGUUUGCUUAGUGUGCCUCACUUUGAUAUUUGUUUAGUGUGCCUCACUUUGAUAUUUGUUUAGUGUGCCUCACUUUGAUAUUUGUUUAGUGUGCCUCACUUUGAUAUUUGUUUAGUGUGCCUCACUUUGAUAUUUGUUUAGUGUGCCUCACUUUGAUAUUUGUUUCCAAGAUUAGUUUUAUCAUUCCAAUUCUCAAACACGCAAGUUUUCUGUACAGUGUCAAGCCGUGGAGUACAACACAAUAUCACAUAGUGUGUGGUCUUCAUGCCAAAUAUUAUAUUUAAUAUCAUAUCCGGAAAUUUGAUGGAAAGAAAUUUCGUCGACGAUAAAUUAAUCGACGGUAAUUUGAUCGAACGGAAAUUUGGUCGAAUCUUUUCUAUCAGUUUUUACGUUAAAAUUUUGCUUCGAAUUUCUUUUUGAACGCACUUUCUUUUUUUCUACUAUAUAUUACAGGGCGUUCAACAAGAAAUUCGACGAAAUUUUAAAGCAUGAACUGAAAGAAAGCUUCGACCUAAUUUCUGUUCGAUCAAAUUUCAGUCGAUAAUUUUAACCUCGACGAAAAUUUUUUUCUAUCAAAUUUCCGGGAACCAUUUGAUAUCAUUGUUUAAAAAAAUGUUAUUAGAAUUCACUGAUUGUCAUAACACAUUUUGAGAAGUUACUCAUUGAUAAAACGUAGUUUAAUAAGUCAUUCAUUGACAAAACGGGUUUUAAGAUCUCACUCAUUGAUAAACGUAUUUUAAUAAGUUAUUAUUGACAAAACGGGUUUUAAGAUCUCUCUCAUUGAUAAAACGUAUCUUAAUAAGUUAUUUAUUGACAAAACGGGCUUUAAGAACUCGUUGAUUGACAAAACGUAUUUAAUAAGUCAUCCAUUGACCUUUAAAUGACUUUUUGAAGAAGUUUAAAUGAAUGACCAUACAAUGAAUAAACAAGUCUUUAAGGAUCCUCUUUUACUUUUAUAGUUUUUGAACUACUAGUACACUUCUCAUUCAACUCUUCAGGUUAGUACACUUCUCAUUCAAUUCUUCAGGUUAGUACACUUCUCAUUCAAUUCUUCAGGUUAGUACACUUCUCAUUCAACUCUUCAGGUUAGUACACUUCUAAUUCAAUUCUUCAGGUUAGUAUACUUCUCAUUCAAUUGUACAUGUUAGUACACUUCUUAUUCAACUGUACAUGUUAGUACACUACUCAUUAAAUUUUUCAUUUUAAUACAUAUUUUGUUCAAUAUCUUUAAAUCUGAUUCCCUAACAUUUGAGUAAAAUCUAGACGGAAUGGCAUUGGAGCUGAUACCGUGAUGGACACUCCUUGGCUCAAGUCUGCCAUCGUGCAGUGUGAACCUAUGUUUAAAGCUGUAGGAUAUGUUUGCUUUAGUUUUUAGUUUUCAACGAAAGCAUACUCAAGAGGCGUAGCGAGGGGGGGACAGAUGUCCCCGGGCGCAAGCUAGUUAGGGGCCCCAUAAUGUGCUUUGAUAUUAUAUUAUUGGUAAAAAUAAUGUUAAAAAAAUAAAAGGGGGCGCUUUAAAAUGGAUCUUGCCUCUAAUCUUUCUAUUCUUAUCUCCAAAAAGUCUAUUUAUUUUAACUUACGCUUCUAUGCUCUAGUCCACCAACUCAUUGUACGAUCUAGUCCACCAACUCAUUGUACGAUCUAGUCCACCAACUCAUUGUAUGCUCUAGUCCACCAACUCAUCUCUACAUUCACACUGCCCCCCGCUGUAGCCUCAAACCAACCCUUUCUUAUCACUCUAAUUUUAUUCUCAACCUCUAUAUAAAAAAAUACGACCCCACUUCUUUUCGGUGUCCUCCACUCUUCCACCAUUCGCUAACCCAAUGCCCCGUCCUUCAUCCAUAAGCUACGUUCACAGUUGUUAUACCUCCAUCUAUUCUCUGACACAACAUCUACUAUAAUCAAGAAGUAAUUAAUAUAUAUUUUCAUUGGUCAUUUAAUGGUAUUUCAUUAAUUCAAAGUAUUUACACGUUUUAAGCCUAACUGGGCUACCGUAUCUUUCUCCUCCCAACUGUUCCCAAUUUCAUCCCUUAUUUAACCACCUGACUCCUAAAUCUUUUAUCUCACCUUCAGCCCUUGUCCUCUGACCUAUCACGUGACCUUCAUCCCUUGACCUAUGACCUACCGUGUGACCCUAAGGUAACUCCCAGAAUAAAAUGUUCAUGUAAACCACACAUUCAUCCCGAAUAUCCAUAGAAUGUUAUUCAUGGCCCACAAUUCCAUAGAAUAUUAUCCAUGGCCCACAAUUCCAUAGAAUAUUAUCCAUGGCCCACAAUUCAAUAGCUUAUUAUCAAUGGAACAAAACUCUUCUUGAGCAUCAAAAAAAUGUUUAUGUCCUCCAAGCCCCCAAGCCCCUCCUAUUUUUUGUAAUCUAUUUGUAUAUAAUCUUUUUUUAUUGUAAUAAAUUUGUAUUGAAAUGCACUUGUGUUGUAAUCUAGUGUAUUGUAAUCUAUUUGUAUUGAAAUCUAGUUGUAUUGUAACCUAUAUGUGGUGUAUAUAUUUGUAUUGUAUCUAUGAAAAGCAAUAUAAAGGUCAACUUUAAAAGGUAUCCCAGCAAAACAACAACCACAAACAAAACAAACACACUUUUUUUCAAAUUAUCUUUAAAUUGCCCUUCGUCCUUGGUAACAUUGCCCUUCGUCCUUGGUAACAUUGCCCUUCGUCCUUGGUAACAUUGACCUUCGUCCUUGGUAACAUUGCCCUUCGUCCUUGGUAACAUUGCCCUUCGUCCUUGGUAACAUUGCCCUUCGUCCUUGGUAACAUUGCCCUUCGUCCUUGGUAACAUUGCCCUUCGUCCUUGGUAACAUUGACCUUCGUCCUUGGUAACAUUGCCCUUCGUCUUUGGUAACAUUGCCCUUCUUCCUUGGUAACAUUGCCCUUCGUCCUUGGUAACAUUGCUCAAACCCAUUCCAAUGAUUUUCUGCAUGCCUUAAACCUGUCCAGACACCUGUCCAGACACCUGUCCAGACACCUGUCCAGACACCUGUCCAGACACCUGUCCAGACACCUGUCCAGACACCUGUCCAGACACCUGUCCAGACACCUGUCCAGACACCUGUCCAGACACCUGUCCAGACACCUGUCCAGACACCUGUCCAGACACCUGUCCAGACACACUUUAUGUCUUCCAUAAAUUGUGUUGUUUGGUGUUUUUUUUUACUUUAGAGCCAUUUCAUAAUUUACUAAAAAACGAGUCCUGUCAGCAUCGAUACCGGCACCUGCAGAUGUAUCAACAAAUGUACAAAUGUUGACAAUGACAUAUGUACAAAUGUUGACAAUAGCAUAUGUACAAAUGUUGACAAUGACAUAUGUACACAUGUUGACAAUGACAUAUGUACACAUAUUGACAAUGACAUAUGUACAAAUGACAACUACGACACCUGUCGAGGGGCCCACGAUCAAUUGGUUGAUCAUUCUGGCUCCUGGUUUAAAUUUAGAGUUUGCCUUCUCUUAGAUGGGUUGCCGUCCAAGGCUAACGCGUCCCAAUCCCCAACCCGGGGUGCUUGGGAUGUUGGCUUUGGUGGGGAUUAAACUCCAGACCAUCAGCUAUUUGGGUUUGAGACAGUUUAGAGCGCUCGGCCACCCAACACCUGUAAAAUAGUCAUCAACGAAGCCUGUUCAAAUAUCAAACAGGACAACUGUUCAAAUGUCAUCAACGAAGCCUGUUCAAAUGUCAAACACGACAACUGUUCAAAUGUCAUCAACGAAGCCUGUUCAAAUGUCAAACACGACAACUGUUCAAAUGUCAUCAACGAAGCCUGUACAAAUGUCAACAACAACAGCUGUUCACAUGUCACCAACGACACGUGUACAAAUAUAAUACCAUCUUUGAAUGAACACAUUAAGCGUAAACUUUGAACUGUCCUUGACAAUCACAUAACAUUUGGAUUAUGCUGCGAGUGACCAUCUCUCUUCAGAAGUUUUUGACGUCAUCGCUUGACACUCAAUUCCUGUCUUGGGUAGAGAAUGAAAGCCAGACCACCCUGUCCCCUUCUCCUAUGAGAUUUAAUGUUUUUUCCAGGCUGAAGUGUCCUAUUCUCCUUUAGUACAAGUAUGGAACCAAGCACUUCAGAGGAGAACUUGUAAAUGUCGCUGGCUUCAUUCUACACAAUAGGUCCACUCUAUGAAGGUGUUUGAAAAUCCUUAUCACUGUCGAUCACGUCUUUACUCAAUGCGAUAUAAGACUUCCAGGCUUUGUACUCUGAGAGCCACGGCAGUAGAAACGCUUACAAAUUCAGAGUGCGGAACAUGUCUCCUGGAUGACGGUAGUCUGGUGUAAGAGCACUUGUCACAAUUUUGUUCCGUUUAAUUUUUUGAUAUCUACAAGAUUUUGAAGUUGUUAUUGCUCCCCAUAUCAAGGUGGUUCUGAAUGUAAGGCCGGUUCUCUUACACUCAUAAACGAUCAUUAAUUCUCCAUAGAUGUUUCGCUUACAAUAUUGAGAGCCCUUGGAUUGUCUUGAUCUCCAAGCUCGGAAACAAAUAAACCAAAUAUGUUGCAUGUUACUAUUUUGUUAUUGUCAUGUUGUAUUUGUCGUCAUGGCCAUAAAACACAAGACACUAAGAACAGCCAUAAAACCCAAGGCACUAUGAACAGCCAUAAAACACAAGACAAUAGGAACAGCCAUAAAACACAAGACACUAGGAACAGCCAUAAAACACAAGACACUAGGAACAGCCAUAAAACACAAGACACUAGGAGCAGCCGUAAAACACAAGACACUAGGAACAGCCAUAAAACACAAGACACUAGGAGCAGCCAUAAAACACAAGACACUAGGAACAGCCGUAAAACACAUAACACUAGGAACAGCCAUAAAACACAAGACAUAAAGAAAGAUAAUUUUGUAAUUAUUUUUGUGAGUGCAUAAGUUAUCAAUAAAAAAUUUUACAUUCAAAAUAAAAGUCAUUUCAAGAUAUAUGAAGAGUCGAUUUUCAAAACGGGGUAUCAGCCAUUUUGAAAAAAAAUGAGCUAACUGUACAUUCUUGUAGAGCAAACCAGGUUCCUUUAGGGCAUGUUAAAGUUUAACUACAAAACACAUUUUAAUCCUAUAUUAUUCUAUGUCUAAAAUUGAUUUUAUUUUCAAACCACGGUGUGGAUUUUUUUUUGUAUCAUCAAAAUGCUGUAUAUAUUUUAGGACCAAUCCGUGUGAUUGGCGAGCUAUUCUGCGGCAUUCUGCGCGUGCGCACUAAACAUCACGACGCGAAACAACAACAAAAACGUUGCAUAGCGACGGCCUGGAUGAAAGAGUUGUCUGUACUAGAAAUUCUCGAAAAAGAAAUUAUAAAAGCUCAACACCAGAAAUAGACAAAUCAUUUCGUCAUUCCAGCGGAGGAAAGAUCCCGUCGGUCACGUGUCAUCACGAUAACUGGUUCUGCAAGGUGAGUUACCGGUGACUUUAGUAAAAAAAACACUAAAUUUCAUUUUAAAUUAUUAUUAUUACUUUAUUUAUUUAUUUAUUUAGGCAUUUUUAUAUAGCGCUUAUCAUAAAGCUCUAAGCGCUUUACAAUUAUUAAAACAUGUAAACUAAAUGGUUAUGGUUACUACACAUCAAAUGUAUUAAGCAACAUGCACAUAAAAAGUUGCUUUACAGAGUUAGCUGUGUUAUUUAUUACACAUUCCAUCUUUGACAUGCAGAUCCAGCCAUGACAGAAUAAAAGGGUGCUCAAGGAAAGAGAUAUUUGCCCUCUGAUUUGAAUAUAAAUAAGAAGCAUCCACUUUUCCUGGAACAAAACAUUGAAGAUGAUGCACACUCUGAAUCAGACACUUCAUUAUUUUUCUAUUUUGUCGUUGUUCUAAAGUCAAAUAAAAUGGUUUGUGAAUUGACCAUCAUCUUGUUUCCUUUUGUUUAGAAUUCAGAUGUAUAAAAAAAAUCAUGCAAACUUAUAGCACUCUAAACAUGACACUAUUACAAGCGACUUUCCAGCAUUUAUAAUACUGUUCUGUUAAAAUAUAUCAAUAAAAACCAUUAAUCAUACACUAUUAUCUAAUGUCUAUGAUACAAUUUGAUUUUAUUUUGCUAUGUAAGUGGUUUGUUAUCUAUCAACAAUUUUAAUUAUUUGCUACUGGGAAUAAUGUUAUCAAAAUGGAUAUACAGCAUUUUGUCGCUAAGUUACAGCUGGAUACACAGCAUUUUGAAACGAAGUAAGAAAUUCAACCAAGUAAAUAAAUACAUUUUAAUGAACCUAAAUUUCAAUUCUCAUCAUAAUCGAACGUAUACUUUGAAUGUAUACCUAAUUAAACGUUUACUUUUCCGACAAUUUGAGCCAUCACUGUGUAGCAGCAAAAGUCGCGUAUCUCAAAACGCCAAAAAUGGAGAUACAGCAUUUUGAAAAUCGACUAUUCAAUGCACUCCAUAGUAUGUUAACUUGUGCAUUCCAUAUUAAGUUUGUCUACACAUUUCACAUGUACUUAAAUCAAUUUUAUAAUCCAGUUAAAAUUUAUUGGAUGCCCAGCUAUUGUAGUUUUAUAAGAUUUAAGUCUUACAAUAAAUGUUAUGUGUUUCAAGUUUUCAAGUCAACAAGAAAACACCUGCCAACCACAGUUGACUUUCACGAUGCUUACGUCACCAAGUCAUCUGGUUGUCUUAGCCUGUAUCCUGGCUCAUGGCUCAGCUCUUACACAGAGGCUCACCUAUAAAAGCAAUGAAAAUAUCGGUUCAUUCAGCCCUGACGAGAUACAAGCCAUCUUGCAUGCACACAAUGCUUACAGGAGUGUAAUCAAACCUACAGCCAAAUACAUGGCAGAAGUGGUAAGUAAAUGCAUAACGAAAGACGUCUGUGAAAAUACAUGACAGAAGCUGUAAUCAAAUGCAUGUCAAAAGUGGUAUGAAAAGAUAUUAAAUGUCAGAAAUUGUAAGAAAAUACAUUACAUGUCAGAAGUGGUAUGAAAAUAAUUACUUGUCAUAAGUGGUAAAAAAAUGCAUUACAUGGCAGAAGUGGUAAGAAAAUACAUAACAUCGCACAAGUGGUAAGAAAAUACAAUGCAUGGCAGAAGUAUUAAGAAAAUGCAUUUACAUGGCAGAAGUGGUAAGAAAAUACAUUACAUGGCAGAAGGGGUAAGAAAAUAAAUUACUUGGCGGAAAUGGUAAGAAAAUACAUUACAUGGCAGAAGUGAUAUGCCCCUACUUGCUUUUUAAACUUUUAUUGGCUUUGUUUUGACCUACUCAUGUAAAUGUUUGACCUACUCAUUCAAAUGUUUGACCUACUCAUGUAACGGUUGGACCAACUCCGGUAAUUGUUACAGCAACUCAAGUAAUUGUUAGCUCUUUUCUCGUUUCUGUGUAACCUAUUUAUGUGACAUCCAUAUUGAACUUAAUAUGUGCCGCAUGUUACCCUGAGAUUCUGUUCAAUAUAUGAUGUAUGUUAACCUGAUCUUAUGUUUAGCUUUGAGCAGCUCUUGUCCUCAUGACAAAAAACAAAGUUUAAGCUCGCAUGACAAUCUUCUGAUAUAGAUGUCAAUCAUUUUGGUCGAGCAGCUUUAACUUUAACAAAAGAUGGAUACAAGUUGUUCAAUCAAUUCUUUCACAAUGCAUUGCGCGCCGUCUCUUCAUUCUUGUCAUACAGCCAUUCAUAGAUGCAUUUUACUCAUUGAUCUAAGCUGUUGCAUUCAAUACUUGGCACAUGUUGCAUUCAAGUCGUCUGUUCGUCAUAGAAAUAAGAAAUAUAGUUUUCGCGUAAAAAUUAAAAAAAAGUGGGUGCAUUUAAAAUUAAAUUACAACAUUUUAAAUAGGCUCUUAAUUUUCUUGAUUGUCGAAAGAAAAUUGUAAUAAAAUUGUCUGAUAAUCAUUCAAUUUGAAAGUUAGUUGAUUUUAAUAAAAUUUAAUAGUUAAUUUAGACCGAAGUAUCAAUUUAAAUUUAAUACCACAUUUUAUUUACUUUAUUUGUCGAAAGAAUCUAUUUAUAUUUGAUACAAAACCUUAAUUCAUUCAUUUUGUCCGAAAAUUUCAAUGUAAUUUGGACCCCUGGCAACAAACACACUCAUAACGUAGACUCACAUUAGUUUUCUUGGUUCAAUAAUAAAAUAAAAGUUGUAUCAUUAUAACUACGUGUAGACCUUCAUGUUGAUACAAAACUUUUGGACAUAUAUUAUGUCGUCCUUUAUAUUGAUAAAAAAAACCGAUGGUUCUUUUAUAUAGUGGCUAAGUGGACUUUUAAGGACUACAUAAUAUUAUAUAGACAUAUAUUUUGAUACAAAACUAUUGGAAAUAUAUGUAGACCUAUAUAAUGAUACAAAGCUAUUGGACAUGUAUAUAUACCUAUAUAUUGAUACAAAAACUAUUGGACAUAUAUGUAGACAAGGGGUCUCAAAACUAUUUUCACGGUGGGCUGGAUAACGGAAAAAUGAGAAGCGCGGGCCUUAUAAUCAUUCCGUACAAUACUUGCAAGCCAGAACGAAAGCUCUGGGGGGAAAAGGGGGGAAAACUAAGUUAAGUAUUCCAUGUUAAUCCCGUGUGAGUGGCGUGCAAUUUACAAAAAAACAAAGAAAACCAAACUAAAUUUAUUUUCUAAAAAUGUUAUCAAAGAAGGGGACGUUAGCAAAGAGAUAGUUACAUCAGACCUAGUGCGCACAUAUUCGAAUAUCGCAUAUAAGCAGCAAAAAAAGUCAGUGAGAUUUAUGAAACUGACAUUUGGCUUUCAAGAUUUCUUCAAUAUUUGGUUUCGAAUUGCUGCAUCCAAUCAAAAGAAUUGUAUUCAAAUGUUUAUCAGUCACUCUAGUUCAAUGUGUUAACUUUACAUGCUUCAUUUUUGAAAAUGUUUGCCCACAGACAUAAGUUGUUCGAAACACUGACGCCAUACCAGUGGUCGAAGUUCUUCAGUUUCAGAUACUCAACAUCAGGUUAGCAGCGGUGAAAUCCAACAAGUUUUCCUUCUCUGUGCUGUGGGUAAACAUACGUUUGAUCAUGUAAAUUCAUAUACCGUCGGUGGGCCGGAUGAUCUGGCCCGCGGGCCGUAGUUUGGAGACCCCUGAUUUGGACAUGUAUGUAGACCUACAUAUUGAUACAAAAUCUUUUGGACAUGUAUGUAGACCUAGAUAUUGAUACAAAAUCUUUUGGACAUGUAUGUAGACCUACAUAUUGAUACACAAUCUAUUGGACAUGUGUGAAGACAUAUAUAUAUAUAUAUAUAUAUAUAUAUAUAUAUUGAUACAAAAACUAUUGAACAUAUAAUGUAGAUCUACAUAUUGAUACAAAAUCUAUUGGACAUAUCUCCAUAAUUACCCCAUGAUAGUCUAGUCCAGGCCUGCACAACGUACGGCCCGCCAGUACCCAUUUUGCGGCCCGCGAAGUAACGAAAUAUUCUUUAUUCUUCAUAUUUUCUUGAUAGCUUUCCCCCGUCCUAUUGUCUAUUGUCUUUUGGCCCGCACAAGUUUUUCCUAAUGUAUUACGGCCCGCCUUACAUUGUGAGUUGUGCAGGCCUGGUCUAGACCGUUCACUUACUUCGUGCUACAACCGCACCAUCAAAUGAUCUCACCCACAAUAUUACGUGAGGAAUCUGAAAUCGCAUCUCCCCCCUCCCACCACACACACACACACAUCUCCCGGUUUCUUCUCACCUGUGAACUAAGAUACUCCAUUCAUCCCCCGUGGUCUUACCACAUUCCAACGGAUACAGUGUGCUAAGCACAAUGAAAGUUAUGUAUAACACGUUUAAAACAGAUAAUCAUCAGAUAAUCACCAGAUAAUCAUCGGAUCUUUAUAAUUUAUAACUACUGCUCAAUUGAAUGUGGACUACCAUUCGAAUAUGAUUGAUUCAAUAUUUGUCACUGACUGCUAUUUACUCCCAGUACUUAAGAUUAUGUAAAGAUAACUUUUAUUCCCAUGUCCUUGAGAUGCUGAACAUUUCUUAUUGAUUUAUUUAUCAACUGUGAAGUCAUGUGACUCGACUCAAUUUGUUCAAAUCAUCCCCUAAUGUUAAUUUUGAUCUACUUUAUAUGAUUUAUAGUCUUUAUGUGAUUUAUAUUCUUUCAAUGAUUUAUACUCUAUGUAUUCUUAUAUUAUUUAUAUUCAUGAAAUUAUUAAGUAUGGAGUCAAGAACGCUCGAAUAACCUUAACAUUGUUAUUAUAAAAAAAUAAAAAAAUAUUCGCUGUUCAAAUAAUAAAAUUAAACUUCGCUAACAAAGAUCAGACUGCUACCAUUGAGAAAUCUUGCUUGAUGUAAACUAGAUUUGAAUAUCUCCUUGAUGACGUCAUAGCCCUUCACCCUCCCCCCCCCCCAUCCCAUGACCUGCACCAUGAAAGGUUCACCUCCAAUAUUUUGAAGGACAUUUGUAAAACAUGUUUUGAACAUGCAGUUUUUUUUUUUUUUUUUUUUUAAUCCCAUGACAUGCACCAUGAAAGGUUCACCUCCAAUAUUUUGAAGGACAUUUGUAAAACAUGUUUGAAACAUGCAGUUUUUUUUUUUGUUUUUUUUUAAAUUCUUUCAUCUACCAAAGAAAUGAAACGAUUGUCAACAUUCUAUGCAACCACACAACUCUCUUAGUGCUAAACACUUGGUCACGUCAGAACUCAACGCAGUAACAUGGGCCCCGCAGAAAACUUUCUAGGGGGGGGGGGCAAAUUUUAUUUAGUAAUGUUUUAAUGUAGUUUAAAUUUGCUAUAGCGUAUUUGUAUGGUGAACGAAUGGACAGGACAUCAGCUUAGUUACUUUCUCUUUAUUUUCUCUUUACUUUAAUACAUUUUUUGUCUAUUUUUGUCUAAAAAAAAUUUCUACAAUCAAUCCAGGGGAGGGGGGGCAAGAGCCCCCCUUGCCCCCCCCCUGCGGGCGCCCAUGCGCAGUAACAAUAUGUACAACUACCAGCCUAAUAGUGUAUCAACUGAAAGAUAGUGUACUGCAAAUUAAUUAGAGAACAAAAGGUGAACUAUCGGUUUACCAAUUGAGCAUUAAUAUCGUAUUAUCUUAGGCAAAAUACCGUACCAUAAAACCGUACCACCAUACCGUACCAUAAAACCGUACCGCCAUACCGUACCAUAAUACCGUACCAACCCAGAUGGUUAUUGAAUCAACAUUGGAGUAUAGGCCCUGCAUAUAAUGUAUAUUUUUGUAGCAUUGUUUGACUUAAUUCUAGUUGUCUUACUUCAAAAUAAAUAAGCGAUGACCGAUAAAUGGUGCGCUCAGUCAAAACGUGAACUGCUUGUGCUUCAGUGCGCCUGCCCUCGGCUCCCACACUUAAUCCACUUCUCAACACUUCGAAUGUCUUCACAAUGGCUGCCCCGAACCGAGGUUCAACAUGUUUGUUUUGUCCGCACAACAAUAGCUGCCCCGAGCCGUGGUGAAACGUUUCUUAAAGCAGACCAUCAAAGGGCACUCAAGCUUAUCAAAGAAUACGUUCAAUGCACUUCACAUAGAAAGCUCGUGACAGCAGAUUCUUUACAAGACAUAAUUCAACAGCGGUUCAAAGCAGUUAUGUCACAAAAUAGUUGAUUUCUGAGCAAACAUCUUAACUUGAUACUUAGGUCUACUGGACAUUUUCGAGGCCAAUCACCUGGUCUAGAGCCGUUCACCUGUCAGAGAUGGCUUUAAGGGCAUCGAUUAGGCUUGAAAGGACUUGAGUAGACAACAGGCUGACACGACCUGGGGACAGCCAUCAAGAUUGACAGUUCAGAUAGAAGUGGAUUCUUUAAUCUUGCAUGCGAUGAUUAUGUGAAACUAUUAUGACUGGUUCACUGUGGGCAAGUUAUCUCCCCGGUUUGGUGACUGAUUGACUGUGGGCAAGUUAUCUCCCCGGUUUGGUGACUGGUUGAAUGUGGACAAGUUAUCUCCCCGGUUUGGUGAUUGGUUUAUUGUGGACAAGUUAUCUCCACGGUUUGGUGACUGGUUAAUUGUGGACAAGUUAUCUGCCCGGCUUGGUGACUGGUUUAUUGUGGACAAGUUAUCUCCCCGGUUUGGUGACUGGUUUAUUGUGGACAAGUUAUCUGCCCGGCUUGGUGACUGGUUUAUUGUCGACAAGUUAUCUGCCCGGCUUGGUGACUGGUUUAUUGUGGACAAGUUAUCUCCCCGGUUUGGUGAUUGGUUUAUUGUCGACAAGUUAUCUGCCUGACUUGGUGACUGGUUUAUUUUGGACAAGUUAUCUCCCCGGUUUGGUGACUGGUUUAUUGUGGACAAUUUAUCUCCCCGGUUUGGUGACUGGUUUAUUGUGGCCAAGUUAUCUCCCCGGUUUGAUGACUGGCUUAUUGUGGCCAAGUUAUCUCCCCGGUUUGGUGAAUUGCCUCUAGGGUCCUAGGAUAAGGGGCAAAGACAGAACAAAACUAUAAUUAAAUCACAGCACCAUUUCAGGGUAUUUAAAAUAGACUUCCUUCAUUGAAUGUUUGCUUGUCACAUGCUCUCGUAUAGACUUCCUUCAUUGAAUGUUUGCUUUUCACAUGCUCUCGUGUUUGUUAUUCCCAUAAUUAAUUGCAUGUUAGAUAUUCACAGACCAUAAGGAUUAUUCAUUCCAAUAGUUGCAGGGGUUUGAUAAGUGAGACUCUUUGUUCGCCCUGCUUUUUAUUCCAACAGCUUCCUUCAAUGUAAACAUGUCUUACUUAAAUCCUGUAAACCACGUGCGCAUUUAGAGAGAACAAAAUAUAGCGCAAACAUAUCCAUACACAGCCCACAUAGCCACCCUCACCACACACUUCCAACAUAGCUGCCCCCACACCACACAUUCUAAGACCAAUAACUCCCUCCCCAUAAAUUCCACCGAACUACAACCACACCUCAUCUCUCAAACUAACCACCCCUCCACAAAUAGCCACCAAUAGCCAACAAUAGCCACCACUAGCAACAAAAAGCCACCAAUAGCAACCAAUAGCCACCAAUAGCCACCAAUAGACAUUAAUAGCCACAAUUAGCCACCAAUAGACACCAAAAAUCCCCCACCACACACUCCCCCUACCUCACACCUCACACUCCCCACCAGACUACUCAUCCAUCACUCACUCCCCCCCCAACUACUCCCCCACCAUCCACUCCCCCACAACCUCACACCACACACUCCCCACCAAACUACUCUCCUAACACACAUUCCACACCCAACUACUCCCCCACCACACUUUCCACACCCAACUACUCCCCUACCACACUCUCCCCACCCAACUAAUUCCCCCACCACACCCUCCCCACCCAAUUACUCCCCCACCACACACUCCCCACCCAACGAUCCCUACACCACACAAUCCCCACCCAACAGCACCCCCUAGAUUGGUUGGUCACAUGAGCAGUGGCGUAGCUAAGGUAGCUGUCACCCGGUGCGGUAAACUCAUGGUGUCAACCCACUCUCCAAUCCCCCCCCCCCCCAAACCGAUUUCCACGAUGAAUUUCUGCAUGUUAAAAGAAGUCAACAGUAGAACAAUGCCAAGAACAAAAAAAAAAAAGCUUGUUAAAUUCAGGGAGUCAGAUGUGGUUAAGAACUUCAAGAACGUUAACUUGCGAGGGAACGAAUCCUAAAAGCUUGACUUUGUUAAAAAAAAUGUUACUGGUAAAAAUUACUGUACUGACGUCUGCAAAUCAGUCAUUUAAUUCAUUGAGGUCAGUCAUUUAGUCAUUGAGCUCAUUCAGUCAUUGAGGUCAGUCAGUCAGUGAGGUCAGUCAGUCAGUGAGGUCAGUCAGUCAGUGAGGUAAAUCAGUCAGUGAGGUCAGUCAGUCAGUGAGAUCAGUCAGUCAGUGAGGUCAGUGACAUCAGUCAGUCAGUGAGGUCAAUCAGUAAGUCAGCCAGUCAGCCAGUCAGUCAGUGAGGUCAGUCAGUCAGUGAGGUCAGUCAGUCAGUGAGUCAGUCAGUCAGUUAGGUCGGUCAGUCAGUCAGUCAGUCAGUGAGUCAGUCAGGCCUGUUACUGUUUAUAAAACAUCAAUACUUUUCGGACAAUUUCUAUUAAACUUAACGAUCGAAUAAAGGAGAGGCGAAAAUAUGGCAGAGUUGAAACUAGACAGAGGCGAAAUUAUUGGCAGAGGCGAAAUUAGGACAGAGACAAAACUGGGGCAGAUGCGAAACUAGUGCAGAGGCGAAAAUAGAGCAGAAGGGAACCUAGGGCAGAAUUGAAACUAGGGCAGAUGUGAAAGUAGAUUAAAGGCGAAACUAGGGCAGAUGCGAAACUAGAUAUGAGGCGAAAAUAGGUCAGAUGCAAAACUAGGGCAGAUUCGAAACUAGCGCAGAGGCGUUAAUAGAGCAGAGGUGAAACUAGGGCAGAUGCGAAACUAGGGCAGAUGCGAAACUAGGGCAGAUGCGAAACUGGGGCAGAGGUGACAUAUGAAGCUAAUUUUUGUAAAAGUUGAAGCAGUUAAAAAUAAAAUUUAACGAUUAUUUCGUUUCUAUGGUGUAUUCCUUUGAUCAAUUCUUUCAAUCAUGUUUUCCUUUGAUCAAGUCUUUCAAGCAUGUAUUCCUUUGAUCAAUUCUUUCAAUCAUGUAUACCUUUGAUCAAUUCUUUCAAUCAUGUAUUCUUUAGUCAGUUUUUUUUUCAAUCGUGUUUUUCUAUGAUCAAUCCUUUCAAUCAUUUUUUCCUGUGAUCCAUUCUUUCAAUCAUAUUUUUCUUUUGAUGAAUUCUUUCCAUAAUGUUUUCCUUUGAUCCAAUCUUUGAACCGUGUAUUCCUUUGACCAAUUUUUUCAAUCGUUUUUUUCUUUGAUCAAUUCUUUCAAUCGUGUAUUCCUUUGAUCAAUUCUUUCAAUCAUGUUUUCCUUUGCCCAAUUCUUUCAAUCAUGUUUUCCUGUGAUCAAUUCUUUCAUUCAUGUUUUCCUUUAAUCAAAUCUUUCAAUCAUAUUUUUACUGUGAUCAGUUCAUUCAAUCAUAUAUUCCAUUGCACCAUUUUAAAAGCUGAAAAAAAAAAAAUCUCCACUUCCAAUAAGAACAGUCAUCAAACAAUCACCAUCCUGCCAUUGUAGAUUAGUCAUUGAAUCGAAACACACCCGAACACAUCUGAACACGCUCGAACACAUCCGACUUUCAUGUCCAUUCAUAAGUUCUGUAUAAUAACGGUGAAGUUUCAAAGGUGACCAACAUUUUUUGGUUUGUUAACCAGGUGCAGCAUGAAGACAUUUCACAUCUGAAAUGUCUUGGUUUUGUCCACAGGUAUGGGAUGAAGACAUAGCUGCAUACGCCCAAGAUUGGGCGAACAACUGCACAGGCACCCACCGGGC